AUGUUCUAUCUAUUCAUCAUAUCUAUCUAUUCAUCUUCUAUCUAUCUAUUAUCUAUUUCAUCUGUUUAUCUAUUAUAUGUAUCAUCUCAUCUAUCAUCUAUAUUUCAUAUCUAUCAUUUAUCUAUAUAUCUUAUCUGUCAUAUUUAUCUAUCUAUUUAUUCUAUUUAUCUAUCUAUCUAUCUAUCUAUCUAUUAUCUAUCUAUCUAUCUAUCUUUCAUUCAUUAUUAUUCAUAUAUAUAUCUAUCUAAAUUCAUAUAUCUAUUCUAUCUAUCUAUAUCUAUCUAUCUAUCUAUCUAUCUAUAUAUAUCUAUCUAUCUAUUCAUUAUCUAUUCAUUCAUUCAUCAUCUAUCUAUUAUUAUCUAUUUUUUUUUUUUAUUCUAUCUAUCUCUAUCUAUCUAUAUUUUUCCAUCUAUAUUUUUCAUUCAUCUGUCUAUCAUUAUCUAUACAUAUUUAUUUAAUUUAUUCUAUCUAUCUAUCUAUCUAUCUAUUCAUCAUAUAUCUAUCUAUCUAUCUAUCUAUCUAUCUUAUCUAUUCAUAUCUAUUUUAAUAUUUCAUAUUCAUCUAUUCAUUCAUCUAUCAUUAUCUAUCUAUCAUUAUCUAAAACAUCUAUCUAUCUUUCUUUCAUAUAUUUAUUCAUUAUUAUUCAUCUAUCUAUCUAUCUAUCUAUCUAUCUAUAUUCAUCUAUCUAUCUAUCUAUCUAUUUAUCUAUCUAUUUAUUAUCUAUUUUGUUUUCUAUCUAUCAUAUUUAUCUAUUCAUAUAUUUAUCUAUCUAUCUAUCAUCUAUUUUAUCUAAUUAUCAUUCAUUCAUUCAUCUAUUCAUCUAUCUAUCAUAUCUAUCUAUCUAUCUAUCUAUUUAUGAAUAUAUCUAUCUAUCUAUUAUCUAGUUAUCAUCUAUCUAUUUUAACAAAAAAAUGUCUAAAUGUUCAUAAUAUAUCUAUCUAUCUAUUUAGAUUUCUAUCUAUCUUUUGGAGAAAACCAUAUUAUCUAUCUAUCUAUCUAUCUAUCUAUCUAUCUAUCUAUUUUAAUGAAAAAUUUUUCUUCCAUGUUCCUACAUCCAACAAAAUAUAUAUUUUAGUAUCUAUCUAUAUAUAUAUCUUUGAAUUCUACAUAUAUUUAUCUAUUCAUUUAUCUAUCUAUCUAUCUAUCUAUCUAUAUAUCUAUCUAUCUAUCUAUCUAUCUAUCUAUCUAUCUUAUGUUUUUCUCUAUUUAUUUCCUAUGAAUCUAAACAUCCAUUUUUUUGUUCAUAUUAUCUAUUUGAUCACAUAUUUAUUUCAUUCAUUAUCUAAAUUUAAUCUAUCUAUCUAUCUAUCUAUAUUAUUCUAUCUAUCUAUCUAUCUAUCUAUCUUAGUAUUCAUCUAUUCAUUCAUGUUUCAUAUAUCAUUCAUUCCUAUUUCUAUUCAUCUAUCUAGCUAUCUACCAAUAUCUAUAUUUUAUCUAUCUAUCUAUCUAUCUAUUUUAUCUAUCUAUCUAUUCAUUCAUCUAUUUUAUUGUUUCUAUGUCUAUCUAUGUUAUAUUCUAUCUAUUCAUCUAUCUAUCUAUCUAUCUAAAUUUGUCUAUAUAUCAUUCAUAAGGAAUCUAUAUAUAUCUAUCUAUCUAUCAUAUAUGAUCUAUCUAUCUAUCUAUUUAUAUAUAUGUUUUUUCUAUUUAUUCCUAUCUCUAUCAGCUAUAUUUUGUAUUCAUCUGUCUAUCUCUCUUUGUCAUGUAUCAUAUUUAUCUAUUAAUUUUAUUCUAUCUAUCUAUCUAUCUAUCUAUCUAUCUAUCUAUCUAUCUAUCUAUCUAUCUAUCUUAUCAUCUAUCUAUCUAUUUAACUAUCUAUCUUUAUAUCUAUAUCUAUCUAAUAUCUAUCUAUCUAUCUAUAUCUAUUUUAGUCUAGCUAAUCUAUUAUCUUUCAUUUAUCUAUUCAUCUAUUCAUUCAUCUAUCUAUCUAUCUAUCUAUCUAUCUAUCUAUUUUACUAUAUUUUUGUUCAUCUGUCUAUCUCUCUUUGUCUGUACAUAUUUAUCUUAAUUUUAUUCUAUCUAUCUAUCUAUCUAUCUAUCUAUCUAUCUAUCUAUCUAUCUAUCUAUCUUACUAUAUUUUUUUGUUCAUCUGUCUAUCUCUCUUUGUCUGUACAUAUUUAUCUUAAUUUUAUUCUAUCUAUCUCUCUAUCUAUCUAUCUAUCUAUCUAUCUAUCUUACUAUAUUUUUAUUCAUCUCUCUUUGUCUGUACAUAUUUAUCUCAAUUUUAUUCUAUCUAUCUAUCUAUCUAUCUAUCUAUCUAUCUAUCUAUCUAUCUAUCUAUCUAUCUAUCUAUCUAUCUAUUAG